GGUCGACGCCUCCGUGAAGGGCCGUGGGGCUGAGCACGGAAGUGGGCUCCGGUCGGUUCUCAGCCGGCGAGGUCCGGGGCGGGAGAGCCCUCUUACAGCGAGGCCGGGCCGGGAGGCUGGAUCUGGAAGGUCGCGAGUACCUUUGUCCACUUUUCGUAGCCUAGGGGCGGGCCGCGCCGGUUGCCGCCCCGGAAGCGGAAGUCGGGGCGCCGCGGGGUCCCGUCCAGAGCGAGCUCAGCCCGGUGUCAGUCGUUCCGCUCGCCGGUCACAUCGUGCCUCGCUUCUGCCGGUGUCGUCCUCGCUGGCCCACCAUGCUGUCUCUAGAUUUUUUGGACGAUGUGCGGCGGAUGAACAAACGGCAGCUUUAUUAUCAAGUCCUAAAUUUUGGAAUGAUUGUCUCCUCAGCACUAAUGAUCUGGAAGGGGUUAAUGGUCAUAACUGGAAGUGAAAGUCCAAUUGUAGUGGUGCUCAGUGGCAGCAUGGAACCUGCGUUUCAUAGAGGAGAUCUUCUCUUCCUAACGAAUCGAGUUGAAGAUCCCAUACGAGUGGGAGAAAUUGUUGUUUUUAGAAUAGAAGGAAGAGAGAUUCCUAUAGUUCAUCGAGUCUUGAAGAUUCAUGAAAAGCAAAAUGGACAUAUCAAGUUUUUGACCAAAGGAGACAAUAAUGCAGUUGAUGACCGAGGUCUCUAUAAACAAGGACAACAUUGGCUAGAGAAAAAAGAUGUUGUGGGGAGAGCAAGGGGGAGAGCAGAUCAGUGGAGGACAGGAAUUAUUGACAGCUCCCUGAAGGUUAUGGCCACAACCCAGCCCCCAGCACUAAAUCAGCAGAUUUGUUCCUUACAUUGGGAUUGUGACUAUCCUCAUGAAUGACUAUCCUAAAUUUAAGUAUGCCGUACUCUUUUUGCUGGGUUUAUUUGUGCUGGUUCAUCGUGAGUAAGAAGCUGCCUUGCUGUUCCUGGGAGGUGCCGUACUUUUUGUUACUGAUGUUUGCGAUAGCUGUUGGUCUGUGAUUGGUGGAGUGGAGCACACACAUGCUGGCCCUUCUUGGUAGCACCGGUUUGCAUUAGUUUAUGUUUCCACACCAGAGUCUGUGUGGGCGGGUGUGCGUGCACCACUGCUCGCUCUCCAUGGACUCCAACGCAGGAUUUCAUGUUGUCAUUGUCACACUUUCGCAUUUUUGUACAUCAGUGAAUUUUUUAUAUUAAAAGGUUGAGCCAAA